GACAAAAGCCCUAAACCUAAACGCAGAGAGUGGGCCCAAACUCCUCCUCCUCGUCUCCUCUUGGUCACGAGACUCGCACCGGCGACGACUCCGAGGUGGGUAGGGGGCCAAAUUGAAUAAACAAAACAAUUGAGGUUUUUAACAUAAAUAGAGGAAAAUAUAGGGGCAAAACAUAUAAAUACAUGAAACAUUGAAAUGUUUGCUUCUCUGGCACGAUUGGGACUGAUCUUGAGAAGUCAAAAGUCAACUAACAAUGGGAGAGGCUAUGAUCCGCACCAUCGUCGAAGCGAUUCACUCAUCGCCGACGCAGGCCGUCGUGUAUCUCUCCGGCGGCGCCUCCGUGGCAUUAGGUUGGUUGAUGUCGGUUCCAGGAGCUUCGAAUACGCUUCUAGAAGCCGUGGUUCCGUAUUCGAGGAUAUCUAUGGUCCAAUUACUCGGCAGGGUUCCGAGUCAACACUGUAGCCAAGCGAUGGCGAGCGAGAUGGCCUUGUUAGCGUAUAACCGUGCGGUUAAGCUUUCUAAACCAGGAUUCCCGGUGAUUGGUGUGGGUUUUACGGGAGCAUUGGCAACUUCUCCUCCAAAGCGUGGUGAUCACAGGUUCUUUUUGUCUAUGAGGGCAUCCGACCGGAUCUGGGAAACUUCAGUCACUUUAACAAAGAACCUACGAAGCCGAGAGGAAGAAGAUAAGGUGGCAAGCCGUGUGCUGAUCCAGGCUAUGGCCAAGGCAUGCCAAGUUUCUGGGACAUUUGACUCUGGCUUAACCGAGUCCGAGGUGCCUGAUGAGUCAGAAACCCAGUUUAGUGAAGAACAAGAACUAGAGCAGCUUAUUAAAGGAGAUUUGUGCUUUAAGGUUUAUCCAUUUUCUAAGCAAGCAUACGGGUCGGAUCAAGACAGAAAGAUUAUACUGCCUGGUUCUUUUAACCCAUUACACGAUGGUCAUCUCAAGCUCUUGGAAGUUGCUAUGAGUGUCUGUGGGGGUGGGUACCCAUGUUUUGAAUUAUCCGCAGUAAAUGCAGACAAGCCACCGCUUUCAGUUGCACAGAUCAAAGAUCGUGUCAAACAAUUUGAAGCAGCUGGAAAGACGGUAAUAGUUUCAAGUCAGCCGUACUUCUACAAGAAAGCUGAACUCUUCCCAGGAAGCAGUUUUGUAAUUGGCGCUGACACUGCAGCAAGACUUGUUAAUCCAAAGUACUAUGAAGGAAGCAACAAAAGGAUGUUGGAGAUACUUGGUGAUUGCAAGAGAACAGGUUGCAUUUUUCUUGUUGGUGGCCGCAAUGUCGAUGGUGUAUUCCAGGUUCUUGAAAAUAUUGAUAUUCCAGAGGAAAUAAGAGACAUGUUUGUCUCAAUUCCAGAAGAGAAAUUCCGGAUGGAUAUAUCCUCUACAGAGCUAAGGAAGAAACAAGGGAGUGUUGAUAAGAGGAAACGUGAGAAUGCUAAAGAAGAUGUUGAACAAAGUUCUAAAUGAAAAAAAUGAUAGUGGAGAGAAUAAGUUGUCAACACUUCGAUGGAGUUAUAAUAAUUGUUACGUUAGUAGUCACAUAUGAUUUACAUACACACCUUUGCACACUGAUUAUAAGUGUGGGGGAGGGGAAAUUGGAGAUGUGCAACUGGGAUUGGUGCAGGGAGAGGUAAAGCUCCCCUCCAGAAAUAAAUAUCUUUACAAUUUCUAUGCAA